GGGGUGCUCAAACCAGGCAAGAUCGAAUUUUAACUUCACCCUGGUAACUUUUAUCAAACUUCUUAUUAAUACCGCCAUUGAAAAUAUGGCCAACUCAACACCCCUUCUGUCAGAGGCAGAGGUAUUGCCGAGAGCACAGCCAAAAGAUCUUUCACGUCACUUCUCGGCAAUGGCCAAAUUAAGAGUCAAAUCUUCAAUAUCGCCGUUCUUCCAGGCACUCAUACCAUCCGUCACCAAUCUCGGAGCAGGAUUCCCACUUCCUCAGACGUUUUCCGCGGAUUCGCUCGAAGGAGCCAUAGCCAAACCAAAUCGUUUCCCACUGCAUCCUAUGUCACCAACCUCCUUUCCAUCAUUGGAAAUAUCCCGCUUCGCCAUCCCCAAGUACUCUUCGUCGAUACCAGCUAUAAUUGCUUCGGAUAAUCGAAUCGACUUGGCAACUGCCCUUCAAUAUCAAGAUUCAACCGGUCUACCUGCCCUGGCUAACUUCAUAAAUGACUUCUCCAUCAAUCACCAGAACCAAGGGAAAAUACCUUACUUGAAGCCGGAGACCUUGACAACUGGUGGAGCUGUAGAUGCCUUUGCGAAAUGUCUCAGCACGUUUGCAAAUCCGGGAGAUUCUAUUCUCAUGGAGGAGGUCACGUACUUUACAGCUCGGGAUGCCGUGUCACCAUUUGGAGUCGGAAUUGUUUCAAUGAAACUAGACGAGCAGGGUGUUGAUGCAGUAGCUCUCAAUCAUAUGCUGGAUACAUGGAGCGAGAAGAAAAGGGGAAGAAAGCCUCACAUGAUGUGCACCGUCUCUCUAGGACAGAAUCCCACUGGAUCUGUCACACCUUUGAAAAGGAAGAAGAUGAUCUACGAGGUCUGCCAGAAACACGACAUCCUAAUUUUCGAAGACGAACCAUUCUGGGUUUUCCAGUACGAUAUACCAGAGGUGUCUACAGAUAACCUCCUCGCCACUCUCGUCCCAUCUUACCUCCAAAUCGACAUCGAUGGCCGAGUCCUCGGAAUCAACACCUUCACCAAACUCAUCGCUCCUGGCUGUCGAGUGGGCUGGAUCGUGGCACAGCCAGCUUUUGUUGCAAAGUUGAAGUUUCUGACUGAUAACUCAACGUCCAAUCCAAGCGGCUUCAGCGAAGCUAUACUGGCUCAGUUAUUCAGACAAUGGGGUGUAGAUGGCUUUAUUCGCUGGAUCGCGGGUCUGAGAGCCAAUUAUCUGCAAAAGAGAAAUGUUCUAUGCGAAGCUUUAGCUGAGGGGCGAGAUAUCAUGAUUCAUUCUCAUUACCAUCGCCACCCAACCUUCGAGGAGUCAACGACUCAAAGUCAUGGUACUAACAGCAAGAGAAAGAGACAUUCAGAAGAACAUAGCGAACACCACCAUCACAACCGGAAAUCCAAGAUUCGCAUGUACGAGUUCGAAGUCCCAGCAGCUGGCUUCUUGAUAUGGGUGCAGAUAAACACAUCUUCCCAUCCCCUUUCGCACUCCUCACGAGGAAAAUCAAAGCUGUCUCCAUCGGAAAUUAUUCAACUUCUUUGGAAGCAUCUGUACGGGCCGCCUUACAACUUGCUCACUAUUCCUGGGAACAUUUUCGCUGCAACGCCGGAGGUACAGGAAGAGAUCGAUGCUGCUGGAGUGGGGCACUUGAGAUUGGCUUUUAUAGGUGUUGAGACGAGUGAUUUGAAGAGAGUGGUGGAGGUGUUUGGGGCUGCGAUGAAGAGUUUCUGGGAAGGUGAAGGAUGGGGAUCGGGGUCACUUGAUGCAGAUGAGGAUGUUUAGGGGACGGCAAAAGUUCUCGCACUUCAGCAGACCAGGAACCGCAUGGAUGAUAUGCUUAGAUGUCUAAUUGUGAUAAGUCCCCUCUAAAGGAAGCUCGAAACGAUUCAUUGAUAGCACUUCUUAUCCACCAAAUACAGAGUCUUCUAUUAGCAUG